AUGGCAAGUACAACAAUGUGUGCUGCUAUGCAUAAUGAUUCAGAGAGGAAGCGAUUCGUUGACCGCAUUAAAGCAGUCACUUUUCACGAAGUCUGUGACAGGUGUGGCCUUCAUUCCUUGCUCCUGGGUGGCUGCAUGCUUAGGAAGGAGUUGAAGAACAUCAUCCUGGAGGGGUCAGGCUACCAGAAGAAGAGCUGCACUGGGCUCAGCAAGGAGAUCCAGCUCCGCCGCAGCCUCAAGCCAUGGCAUGAGCUGGCAAAACCCCAGAUGACAGCUUUGAACGUCGAAGAUCAACUCUGGUUUGCUGAUUUUCUCAGUGAGUGGGACCAGGAAAGCUUCCUCCACCUUGCUGCCAGCGACAAAUUCUUCGUUUAUGUGACCAGGAAGCCCAAUUCUCAGAACAAUAGAAUCUGGUCCAAGACCCCAGAGGACAUUCCCGACGAAGAGCAUUACCAAGAGUUGCUCAAAACUCCCAACUGUAUGGGCACCUUUGUCCUCUUUACUGCCCGCCAUCUGAUGUGGAGCUGGGACAGUGCUUACUUCUGGGAGGAGAUCUUGUCGAACCGGGUGAUUCCCUUUCUCAAGGACCCCCAGAACGUCUUGGACAUUGACCAGGUUACGUUCCUCCAUGACAAGGCCCUCUGCAUGAAGGCACUUUGGACCCAGCAGCUUCUGAAGGAUAACAACAUUGACUUCUUUGGGAAUGAGGAGUGGCUGGGCAAUUCCCCUGACUUCAAUGUGUGUGAACACAUUGGAUCCAUCCUCAAGGAUCAGGUGGAACGCAGGAUGCUUGCUGAACCCCCUGUGCCUGAUUCUGCCGCCAGACAAUGGAGCAACACGUUGAAGCAGGAGGCAACACAGACUAUUGAAUUGAUGACAGAGAAAAGGUCAUCCAGGACUGGAUUUGUCUGGAGUUCCUCACUCAAACUAAAGGAGUGCUCUCCAACUACUAACAACACCUCCAAGAUAUCCUCAGAUGUAGAUGACCAAAAACUUCCACAACUGAAGAGCCUGUGCAAAGGGUCUGUGAUGGAGUUAAUGAAGAUGGAUCCCACUUUGAUUGGCCUCCUUGCUGGACUCCUGGCUGUCUCUGGACAAAUAUCUCAAACUAAAGUGUCUGAUCAUGACCAUCCACCACUACCAGAAAGAUGUGAACCCAUUGCUAUUCCUCUUUGUACAGACAUUCAGUACAACAUGACUAUAAUGCCCAAUCUCUUGGGUCACCAGAAACAAGAUGAUGCUGGAAUGGAUGUGCAUCAGUAUUUUCCUCUUGUGAAAGUAGCUUGCAGCCCUGAUCUCCAGUUCUUCUUGUGUACAGUGUAUGCUCCAGUAUGUACAAUCCUAGACAAGCCACUCCCUCCUUGUAGAUCUCUCUGUCUUUCUGCAAGAAAUGGCUGUGAAGAAUUACUGAAUAGAUUUGGUUUCAGUUGGCCUGAUCACCUUGAUUGUUACAAGUUCCCUGAGUCAGGAGGUAGUGAAAUUUGUGUUCCCCAAAACAAUUCAUCCAGUGAUAAGAACAGAGUCCAACCUACUGACUUUCCACGCCCAGACUCAGGAUAUACUGGAUAUGUGCCUAAUUCUUACUAUCCCAGUAUGUACAAACCUGGAGAAUUCCCACCAAAAGCAAAAGAUUAUGGAUUUGUUUGUCCAAUCCAAUUUAAGACUCCAGAGGGUUAUGAUGAAUAUGUUUUGAAAGUGAAAGAGAAGGUUGAGAAAAAUUGUGGUGCCCCCUGUGAAGGAAUGUUCUUUAAAAAAGAUCAGCUGAAGUUCUCCAGAUUUUGGAUUUUUGGUUGGUCUCUGUGUUGCCUGAUUUCAUGUUCCUUUACCAUUUUGACAUUUUUGAUUGAUAUGUCAAGAUUUCGAUACCCAGAGCGCCCAAUCAUCUUCUUAUCCAUUUGUUACUUCAUGGUUGCAUUGACAUAUGUAAUUGGUUAUGCACUGGGAGACAAAGUUGCAUGUAAUGAGCCAUUUGAUCCCCCAAAAGGUGACAUCAUGGCUGGUGUAUGCUUUGUGGGUCUAUGGCAUGUGGAAGCUCUUCGUGGAUUUGUUUUGACACCUUUGUGUAUUUACUUUUGCUUAGGGACCAUUUUCCUCCUCGCAGGCUUUGUGUCCCUCUUCAGAAUCCGGACCAUCAUGAAGCACGAUGGAACAAAGACUGACAAAUUGGAGAAGCUCAUGAUUCGUAUUGGCGUUUUCAGUGUUCUUUAUCUUGUUCCAGCCACAAUUGUCUUGGCUUGUCUCUUUUAUGAACAGACACACUUUGAUGAGUGGAUGGUCAGCUGGCUUCAUGAAAAUUGUCAGAAAUUUGCUAUUCCUUGUCCACUUCUGUCUCAGGAUGAUUUGGCACGCCUUGCACGCCCAGAUCGUUCUGUGUUCACAGUUUUCAUGAUGAAGUACUUGAUGACACUGAUUGUUGGGAUCACAUCAGGAUUUUGGAUAUGGUCAUCCAAAACUUUAACAAGUUGGUCAAAUUUCUAUGCAAAAUUGACUAGAACAUGUUCAUCUAAAACUCCCAAGAACAGGAGAGAAGCAUAUGGUAGUUAUCUCUGCUUGUUUCCGGGAGAUUUGAGUUGUGAGAAGCCUGUGGCAGUGUCUGAAUCCCUGAGUCGCAGCAGCCAGUAUCAAUAA